AUGAGCCUUCCACCUCCUUCCUCCUCUCGAGAAGCCCUGGCUAUCACCCACCGCUCGUUGGCGCCGAAAACUAUGACGAAUGGUUCAUUGAACUCACGUCGAUCAUCCUCCCAGGGUGAAGCGUUGGACUCGAUGGCAACGCAGUACACCGAGGUCAAAGCCCGACAGCAAACCGCUUCCGCGCUGUUGGCGCUGCCCACGUGUAUCAUGCAAAACUACUACAUGUGGCGCGGCCCGAAGCCGAGUAUCCCAUACCAGAAUAUGCGCCGCUUGUUGGAGCAGCACUGGCAGGACAUUUAA